GCGCUCGUCCAUUUCCGGGUAUGGUCAGCAGACGUCGCCCUCAUUCAUCCGUUGGUAGUAUUGGGGGAGGGGGGAAACUGGCCGGGGAAAUCCCCGUCUCUUUCCGACCUCUUUUCCGUAAAAGCCCGAGAUGCUGUAAGGAAAGGCGUGUUCUUUCGACGAGCGAGAACCGGAAAAAGCCGAGGGUUUCCGAAGAUUCCCGAGGGGGCUUUCCGGAGGUUCCCGAAGGACUUGAGGCUUGGCCGGCGCCGGCGCUCGCUGCGUGAGAGGGAGACGACAACGGCGGCGGGAGGCGAUGAAGAGCGGCCGGGCCCGGAGUUCCUGAGGGGGCCGCGGCGGGCCGGGCCGGGAGUAGUCGAAGCGCCCCACAGGCGUCAUGGCGGCCAAUAUGUACCGGGUGGGCGGUAAGGAAGGAGAGGGGGGCGGGGGGAGAGGCUUUUUUUUUUUUUGCCUGUGGGGGGGAAAAUGGGGGAGGGGCGAGACACGAGGGGAGGAGGGGUUGCUGGCUGGAGGGGGGAAUGUGAGGGGAGAGGCAGGGAACGAAGGGGAAAUUAAUAGGUGAGGGGGGCUAAAGGGGUUCAGCACCAGGGGUUAAAGAUAUAGAGAGGGCUGGUGGGGGAGGGGGGGUCGGGGGUGCAUUGAGGAGUUGGGGGAGGGGACCUUGUCUCACCGAGGAGGUGAGGGGGGCAGGGGGGCUAAAGGGAGGGGGGCUGGACCCAGGAAGUGGGACUAAGUUUAUUUGUACAGUAAUGUGAAAAGGGGGGGGGGGCUUAAAAAAAAAACCACCAUGGGGAGUAUGGUGGAGUUUUGUGUGUGUGUUUAUAAAGUUAGUUGUGGGGGCUGGGUUGUGGAUCAGGGGGGUUGCUGAGAGGAGCAAGGAGGCUGGCUGAACUACCUAGUUUGUGGGGUAAAAGGGUUUGAAGAAAUAAGGGGGAUGCAAAAGAAAUGUGGGGUGUUUGGGUGUGUGUGAAAGGAAUAAGGGGGGGGUAGUUCCAAGCAGUGGGAUGGAGACUUGAAGGGAGGUGGUUUGGUAAAGUGAAAAGGGGUUAGUGAAGGAGGUUGGGGGGUGGGCUGGCUUUAAAUUGGGGUGCUGUGGGGCAAAGGGUGUUCCUAAGGGGCAUGGAGGGGAGUUGUUGAAUAAAAUAGUUUGGGGUGGUUUGAGGUUUGUGAGUAAUACAUGGAGGCACUUGGGUCUAAACAGGUUUGGGAUACUGGGGGCACCAAGAGGGUUUGUUCCAAAUAGUGGGAUAACGUUUGGAAAUAGUUUGUUUUAAGGUAAAUGAGUGGAGGGAGGUUUUUUUUGGAGGGGGCGCUAAUACUGGAAGUGGUAAAAUUAAGAAGUAGCAGGCAUAGUGGUAGUGGUGGGACUUAAAGUGCAUGUGGAGCAGGGUGGCGAAAAAUAGAAAUAUGAAGGUUGGGGAAUAUUAAAGAGGUAUAGGGAGGAAGCUGUUAAGAGGUCUAGUUUGAAGUAGUAGCACAAAGAUUGGAAACCCAAGGGGUUUGUUUGUGUGAAUGCACAUGGAUGUGUGCAUAUUGGAGGUCAGUAUGAAAGAAUAGGUUGGGGUACUGGGGAUAAGAUAUGGGGCUGGGCAGGGGAGUUGGGGGCAUGAAGGAGUUGGUUGGAGGACUCUCCUGAUUAUGUGGUGGAUGGGGCAGGCUUAAGAAUUCAAAGCCUUUGUAAAAAGGUUUAACUUGAGGAGAGGUGGCGGUUUAAGAGUCUGGCCAACCCUUGUUUGAGUUUGGAAUUUGGGUGAAAGAAUUUGCGAGGGGGACACUAAAAGUAUGGUGGGAAACAUAAUUUCCUCUCUCCCCUGCUAAACAGUUGGCUGCAGCAAGUGAGAAGAGGGUGAGCUGUUUUCAGUCUCAGAUGUGGUGGUAGAGAAGUGAGGUCCAAAAGAUUGGGGUGGGUGGGUGAAACAAGACCAGACUGGUGGGAAAUUGGGGGGGUGUUAAGUAUUGGUAGAAAUGUCAAGAUCUGGUUAGUUGUACAGGGAGGUGUGAGGAGGAUGUGGUUGGUUCUGGGAGAGAGUGGGAGCGAAGAAACAGAUGGGGAAGGGCCUAAUACACUUAGGGGCCGCACAACUUAGAAGUUGAGCAAAGGGUCUUGUUGGAUUUCAGCUGGGAGUAGUUAGAAGUCUGGGCCUGUCAGACUGGGGGGCAGGGGAGGCAAGGAGAGUGGUUUGUGCGCGGAGUUAAGAACAGGAUGCUAGAGAGUUGGUUUUAAGAGUCUGCAGUAUGUGAGGUGCUGAAACCUCCAUAGUCAGAAGCAAUAUAGAUGAUGGGGGAAAAACACUGGAGAGCCAUUUCUAUGGUGCCUUCCUUACAGACUUCCGGGAGGCAUCUGCUUGGGGUUUGUGAUGCUGAACUAGGGUUGUAGCCAAUGCUAUUCCUACUCAGAGUAGACCUAUUUAAUUUCAUAGCAGUGACUAACAAAGGUUCAUAUAUUUCAUUGGGUUUGCUCUGAGUACAACUUAGCUGGAAACAACCCAGUGUUUUUCGUCUUUGGUCAAUUUAGAACACUCUACCAAUAUACAGUGGUACCUCAGGUUACAUACGCUUCAGGUUACAUACGCUUCAGGUUACAGACUUCACUAACCCAGAAAUGGUACCUCGGAUUAAGAACUUUGCUUCAGGAUGAGAACAGAAAUUGUGCUCUGGCGGCUCAGCAGCAGCAGGAGGCCCCAUUAGCUAAAGUGGUGCUUAAGGUUAAGAACAGUUUCAGGUUAAGAACGGACCUCCAGAACGAAUUAAGUACUUAACCCGAGGUACCACUGUACCCCCACCCCCUUGCCAUGAUCAGUGCCGCUAGAAUUCCCAGCGUCACAAGGCCAUAGGUCAAUGAUAGAGGGCACAGCUUGCUUGCAGAAGUACCCAGGUUCAAAAAGUUCCGGUAGCGGGGCUAGGAAAGACACAUACACACAGGGCUUUUUUUCAGCUGGAGCUCAUUGGAGCUCAACUCUGGCACGUCUCAGGUGGGUGCCAUUGCCAUUCUAAGAGAACAAGGGAGAAGUUCAUAGUCAGCUCCAGCAACUCUUUUUCUAGAAAAAUAGCACAGCAUAGACACACUCAUGUGUGUGUGUGUGUGUACACACACACAGGAGAGAGAGAGAGAAACAUGCUACUUGCAGUCUGAUUAGAUAAUAAGGGGCUGGAUGGGCAUAUGUUCAACUGUCUCCCUGUCUUUCUUUUCCUUUCACCUUCAAGCUUCUCAUUCUUGCAUUUUAAACCUGCUGCCCUCAUUCCCUCCUACUCUCCUGUUCACAAGCUGUUGGGCCCCUUAGUCACCUCUUCCCACUCUUAUCUAUCUCUUUAACCACCCUGCGGCUCCCUUGGCCUGGAAUAUCCUCCCUCUCCCUGGUGACAAUUCCCCUCUCUUCUAGGCCCCUUCUCUGAAGACUUAACUACUUCAGCCAAAUGGUUGGCUGCCAUCCACCCUUUGCUUGCCCUCCCAUUGUUACCUGAUUCUCUCUCCAAGCCUGACUCCCCCCCCCCCCCCCGCUUCUUAAUUUCUCCACCACCUCCUGUUUAAUGUGGGCUGAAUCUGAGUCACUCAUAUACUGUAUUGCUUAUAGUGGCUAGUACUGGUAGGAAAACAAAGAACUUAUUGGUAGUGGUGGAAAUAGGCCUUGCGGAAGCGCAACAGGCAAAACCAAACCUUUUCUUACAUGUCAGACAAAUGACUGGCAACCACACCUGGGUUGGGGCUUGGGGCUUGGCUACUUUGGAGAUCAGGGAUGAUAUAUAUUUAUAUUGUGUGGCUGGCCGGCCUUCUGCACAAUGGCUUUCACCUUCAGCAUUCCCAUAGUGGUGAUAUUGGCUUGCUUUUAUGUGAUUGUCAUAAAGAUUCAAAUAUAGUUGUGAAACACUUUAGACAGAAUGGUUUCUAGCCUUUCCCUGGCUUUAGCCACUGAUAGGUAUGAUUUGCACCUAACAAAAAACAAACACUCUAUAACUCUGUGUGGAGGCAGCCUGCCUUUUGUAGCAUGUAAGAAAUAUGCAGAUCAGGGAAAUUUGCAUGUAGUGCUUCUGUUAAUGAUGGGGGGGAGCAGGGCACUGAAGCCUCAUUCCCUCAUGAGGGUUGGUGAACCAGUGUCCCUCCAAAAACUGCUGGAUUACAAAAUCCAAUACAGUGGUACCUUGGAACUCAGAUGUAAUCCGUUACAGAAGACUGUUCGACUUUUGAAACGUUUGAGUUCCAAGGAGCCAAAACAUCUGAGAAUGGAGCCAUUCGAGUUCCAAGGUACCACUGUAAUUCUCAGUGACCAACAACAUCAUUGGAGAGCCAAAGGUUCCCAGUCCCUUCCCUAACUAUUAGAAUAGAUGUGAGGAACCUUUAGUCCUCCUGAUGUUGCUGUAUUACAAUGCCUAUGAGCCCCAGCAUGCAUGACCAAUGGCCAGAGAUGAUAGGAGCUGUAGUUCCGCAACGUACAAAGUCCAAAGUUUCACCACACCUCCAUUAGAAAAUUCUGGAUUCUGCAGCUUCAGUAGGCUUUUCCCCCCACCCAGCGCUUUCAGGCUCACCUUUUUAAAGGUUCAAAUUCUGCUUGCUUUAAAAAGUGGGAAAUGAAAGAUGCUUAUGUUGAACUCUUCAUCUUGCUGUCACAUUCCAUGGGGGUACACAGAGCAUAACUGCAGAGAAGUGGGAGGUUCACAGCUCUGAGUGUGGGACUUCUGGUGGAAUGGACAGAGGGUGCUGUGGAGGGUGGGGCUGAGCUGCAGGGUGGCAAGUCUUGAGGCUGGGCCAGAGGGGAGAAGUACUGAAUAGUCUUUGUCCUGGAUAAAAUGGGAUGGGCUGACCUAGAUUAGAUAAAUCUUCAUAUUUUUCCUAAGGCACUUUGAUGGGUUUGAUGGAUAUAGUAUUCCUAUACGCAGUACAGUGGUACCUCAGGUUACAUACGCUUCAGGUUACAUGCACUUCAGGUUACAGACUCCGCUAACCCAGAAAUAGUACCUCGGGUUAAGAACUUUGCUUCAGGAUGAGAACAGAAAUCGUGCUCCGGCGGCGCGGCAGCAGCAGGAGGCCCCAUUAGCUAAAGUGGUGCUUCAGGUUAAGAACAGUUUCAGGUUAAGAACGGACCUCCGGAACAAAUUAAGUACUUAACCCGAGGUACCACUGUAUGUGCUUGAGCAAUGGCUACUAGCUAUGGUGAAUGAACAGAACAUCCAUGUUCAAAGGCAGUCUGCAAGGGAAGGUGGUUGCCUUUGUGACAUGCUUAGAGACUUCUUAGAAGCAUUCUUGUUGACUGCUGUGGGAAAUGGGAUACUUUACGCAAAUGGCCUUUGAAGUAAGCCAGCCAGACUUUUAAUAUAUUCUUGAGGUGUAUCUAUGACAACUCCUGUAGGUGUCAAGAGAAUGGGCUGUAAAUGGGGAAGUCUUUAGUUCAAAUCUCAGCUCGGCCAUGAACUUGACAGGUAGUAUUAAACAAUCUCCCCAGCCUCAGGCCCUUAUCUGUACAGCAUAACAGGGAUAAUAGUCCUUCUGGCCUAUUUUACAGAGGGGCUAUCAGGAUCGGUCCAAUCAGGGACAGACAGAAGGUGAUUGAGACCUCCUGAUCUAUUUCUGGAUGAUUUGCAUAGCUCAGCAAUGAAAUAAUGACAUUUCAUUAUUUACCAAAACCAGCAACAAAAAAAGCUCCCCACCUUCCCUCAAAUAGGUUUCUGAAAUGAGUAAAGCCUGGGGAGAAACCAGGAGCAAAUUUUCAUGUGAAAGGACUUGGAGGAGGUCAUUUCUUACAACUUCCAGGGCUGAGCAUUACCAAUGCCUCCUCCACUGGCAGUGCUUUGCACUUGUUUCUAAUUGGUGGACUUUGAAGGUCUCGUGUAAAUAAAAAAAAGCACAGGUUGCUUGCACAACUUACCUUUGAUGCACAUUCAAAGCACAUACCUCCCCCAAAAAUAAGAAUCCUGUGAGCUGUAGUUUAUCCCUUACAGAGCUACAAUUCCCAGCACCCAUAAUAAAUUGCAGUUAUCAGAAUGUGCUUUAAAGGUAUGGUGUGUACACAGCCACAGUCCUGAAGUGUACCUGCCUUGGGUUAAAUAACAUCCAUGAAGCAUUUAAAGCAGGGUUGGGGAAUCUGUGGCCCUCCAGACUACAGUUCCUACGAUCCCUGACCAUAGGCCAUGCUGGCUAGUGUUGAUGAAAGGUGGAAUCCAGCAACAUCUGGAAGAACACAGAGCACCCUAGGAGGGAAAAACGUUAAACAUCCACUUACAUUGUUGUUUCAGGAGCCAGUGUCUCCUGAGAAUAUGUUCCUGCUUUCCAGCUGCUGCUGCUUCCACUCCCUCAUUGCCUUUUGUUUUGCCCCUCUUACAGAUUAUGUCUACUUUGAGAAUUCCUCUAGUAACCCCUACCUCGUCCGCCGCAUUGAGGAGCUCAACAAGGUAAAGACAGCACUGGUUGCGGGAGGCAGAGAGAUGGGGCAGGGGGGUGCUGGGCCUAUUGUAGCCAGGGAAGCCAGGAUAUUUGGGAGCUGGGGGAACAUGGGGGGUGAAGUAGGAAGCUGCUGGGUGUGGUGAGGCACUUGAAAAGGAUCCCAGUAGUCCCCAUGACUCAGAAGCCAUAAGUUUUGUGGUCUCAGGCCUCUGGAGCUUUCUUCCGCUUGAGGUUACAUAGGCACCAUUCAGGUGCAUGGCAAAUACUUCCUUAUUCAAAUGGGCAUUUUUAAGGUAGUGUUGAUGGUUUAUGGUGAGAUUUCAUUCUCUGUGUUUACUUUUAUGUACUUAGACUGGCUAAUGAUUAAGUGGUAUAGAAAUGCCUUACAUAAAUAAGAACAAGAUCUUGAGGCCACUGUUGCCUGCCCACUAAUAAACAGCAUUGCCCCUCUGCUUCUACCCCCAGACGGCCAAUGGCAAUGUGGAGGCCAAAGUGGUCUGCCUGUUUCGACGGCGUGAUAUAUCCAGUAGCCUCAACAGCCUAGCCGACAGCAAUGCCCGUGAGUAGUAGGGUCCCUGGUGUGCUUUGCAUGUUCUUUGGAGCCAGUAGCUGUGGAGUAUAUUUAGAUUGGGGGCGAGAUGUUGCACUGGGCCUGUUGGGCAGGGUAGCGCGUGGGCCGUGUGUCUGGGAAUGGGCCUUUGGCAGCCUCUCUGGUGACACCAGCUGUGCUGGAGGAGGUUGUGGGGGAGAGGAGAGGCACAGAGGUGGAUAGGGAGCUGUUGCCCUCAGGCUGGAGCAAGAGGAGGAGGGAAUCCACCUAGGAAGAGAAAACAAGAAAGGAGUGUGUGAAAGGCUGCCCUACCCUCUUUCCCAGAGCAGUUGUAUCUGAGAGCCCUGGGAAGCUUCUUUCUAUCCUAGCAGAAGUGGAGACUUAAGCAGAUUGAUUUGGGGGAGGGUGUCUUUAUUUCUCUCCACCUGCUUGCUCACAGAUCCAAAAUACAGAGCAGCAGUUAGUUGCUGGCUGUUUGCAUAAUACAUUGACUCUUUUAAAAACUUUGGCAGGGGUCGGAUAGGAGAAUAAGGUGCAUGUAGGUAGGUUUGGAAACUUUAUGCUUUCUUCCGUUGGAGAGGGGCCUUUAGGGUCUUUGCGGAACUAAAUCCCGGUGGUGAAGGCCAGGAGGUAAUAUCUGCCUCUGACCCUUAUAAAGCCUAGCCUUCUCUGAAUCCUGGCACUGUCGUCAGCUGCUGAAGGGUUAACAGAAGUAGGAUGGGGUGGGAGGAGCUUACAUGACUGCUUAGGGCUUCCUGGCCUCUUGGAGCAGGGGCUGUGACCUUGACUCUGUCCAAUCAGGCCAGAGGAGGAGGAGGAGGAGGAGGGCUGGUUCAAGGCUGCCUCUAAUCCACAGGCCCACCUUUCCUUUGCAGAGGGUUUCCUGAGUCAAAAAGCAGGGGCGGGAGGGGAGGGUGGAGUAAGCAUCCUUCAAGUCCCUCCCUGGGACUCUGCCAAGUUCUGAGAAGCAGAAGGGGGUUGGGAGAACAAUGCGCCUCUUGGUGGACGCUGCUUCUUGGCUGCUUCUGGGAGGGUGGCUGAGUGUGUGUGUGUGUGUGUGUGUGUAGACAGAGAGAGAAACUGACAUGCAGGCACAUGCUGUGUUGCUGGAAAGGGGAGCGGAAAUGACGACCCUUUGACAGCAGCGAGUAGGGCACUGUUGUGUUUUUAAUAAAAAGGGGAAAUUUGGGUUGCUAUCCUAAUCCUGCUUAAUUUGGGAGUAAGCCCCAUUGGAGUCAAUAGACUCCUGAGUAAACAUGGUGGCUAGAUCUAUGCUGGGAAAUGAUCAAAAGGUUGGAGUAUCUGAGGUGCUUUAGUAGUUGGGUUUUUUUGGGGGGGGGGAAUCGAUUGGAUCGGGGGUCAUUAUAGGUGUUACAAUUGGAGGAGGGAAAAUAUUUCUCUCUUUCUCAUAGUACUAGAACUCAGGAACACUCAGUGAAAAUGAGAGGCAGUCGAUUCAGGACAGACAGAAGGCUUUUCACGCAAUGUGUAAUUAAUUAAACGAUGGAAGCCGCUGCCAUAGGAUGUGGUGGUGGACUACAACCAAUGUGGCUUUUAAAAGAGGAUUAGACAACCUUUUUUUUCUUUUUUCUUUUUACCUUGCUCUUCAACCAGAAAAGAUUCCUAGAAUAGCUUAUUAUUGUUUGUCGGAAGGGAGUUUUGUUUUGUUUUAUUAUGUAUUUUGUGUUCUCAUUUUGUAUUUUUAUGUUGUGAACUGCCCUGUGAUGAUGUUCAGUUGUCAGUAAGACAAUCUCUGCCUCCAGGGUAACUAUCUGCAAGAUACGAGAUACAAGGAACAAGGGAUGGGGACUAGCAAGGGGUGGAAAGAAAGCUCAGGCACCAGUUCUUAAACCUGUAGUACUUAAAACAAUCAGCUGGGAUGGAAACCAUGUAGGGUAGCCUGAUGGCAUCCCCCUUGCUAGGUGACUUUGUGGGAGAGCUAAAGGCAGCUGGUUUCUUGGCAGAAGUGCUUCUCUUUUCUCCCUUUGUUCUACAGCCUGGUGGACUCAUAGUGGGAGAAUAGGUGUAUUAACUACCGUAUUUUUCGCUCUGUAGGACGCACUUUUUCCCCUCCAAAAAUUAAGGGGAAAUGUGUGUGCAUCCUAUAGAGCGAAUGCAGGCUGCGCGGCUAAGCCCAAAGCCAGAACAAGGAGACGGAGCGCUGUGGAGCGCUCCAUCUCGCUGUUCUAGCUUGGGGAUGGCUGUGCAAAGCCUCUGCAGGGCAGUGGGGUGCCUGCACCCCGCUGCCCUGUGGAGGCUCCAAAGGCUGUCCCUGGAGCCUUUGGAGCACAGCAGGAACUUGCGCUGCGCUCCAAAGGCUUCAGGGAUCUUUGAGGCUGGCGGUGGGGGAAAGCAGCACUUCCCCCCACCGCCACCCCCACAACCUCGGGGGGCAGCGGGAAGGUGGCUUGCUGCCUUCGCGCUGCUCCCCGACCUGAUCUUUGAGGCUGGCGGUGGGUUUCGGGUUGCCUUCACUGAAGCCCGGAGAGCGAGAGGGGUCAGUGCGCACCAACCCCUCUCGCUCUCCAGGCUUCCAAGGCUUCCUGAAGCCUUCAGAGCGCAGUGGGAACUCCAGAGGCUUUGGGUGAAUGCACCUUGUUUUAGAGGGGGAGAACAAGAAAAAAAAUAAAUUCCUGUUCUCCCCCUCCUAUGGUCUGGUGCAUCCUAUAGAGCGAAAAAUACGGUAAGCAUGAUACUGAGAAUAGAACCUCCAUGUUCAAAGGCAGUAUACAUGUUUGAAUUUAAUUUAUCACCAUUAGAUCCAAGCCUUCCUCCAGUGAGUUCAGGGAGGCAAACCCCAUUUUAAACUCACAACAGUGCUGUGAUUUUAGGCUUUGGGUGUGAAUGUGUGAUGGAACGAGGGGCCACCCAAUGAACUUUGUGACAAGCAAGUAUUAAAACCCACAUUCUCCAAGUCCUAUGUUUUAACUAUUGGCACCCUGGCUCUAAGACAUUAGAGAGAAACAGGAGAAGGGCCAUUGCAUUUCUGCACUGCAUGUGAGUUUCCAUAUAUGUCUAACUGGUUGCCAUUGGAAGCGGAGUGUUGGGUUGGGUGGGCCCUUGAUUUGAUCCAGCAAUCUGGUUUUUAUGUAUUUUGAAAAACCUGAUUUUAGCCUUUUGAGUAGUCUCCAUAUUGAUUUGGGAUGAUUGCUGGCUAAGUCAAAGGAGCCACAUUUUGCAGUUUCUGGGGGAGAUGGAAUUCCUGGAAGAGAACACAGUUACCUUCUGCCUCUUUCACCCCAAAACAGGAGAAUUUGAAGAAGAGUCCAAACAGCCUUCAGUGUCGGAACAGCAGCGGCACCAGCUAAAACACCGGGAACUCUUCCUUUCACGCCAGUUUGAGUCUCUGCCCGCUACCCACAUACGGUGAGGAGAGGCUGGAGACAAUUGUUAUAUAUCACUAUAUUUGUAUAACACUAUUAAUAAUAAAAAUAUAUCAAACAACCAUACACACACAGUUGAGAGAGCUGCUAGGCUAGACGCGGGUUCUGUUUUUCUUUGCAGGGGGAAAUGCAGUGUUACGCUGCUCAACGAGACAGACAUCCUCAGCCAGUACCUGGAUAAAGAGGUGAGGCAGGUUGCGUAAAAAGGAAUGUAUGUGGCUUCUUGCAGAGUCCCAGUGUUCUGGACUUGGGAUAAGAGGGUAUCAUCCCUCAGCUCCAUCAAACAGAAUAGUAGGGAAGGCAUCCCCCCACUUCUGUUCUCUUUAGGCUUUGCAGAAGGAGUGAAGACAUCCUCCUACCACCAGAAACUGAAGAGACUGAAGGUUUUAAGGGUACCUCCUUUUAACUUGCCAUGUCCCCUUUUCCUCCCAGGAUUGUUUUUUCUAUUCGCUGGUCUUUGACCCAGUUCAGAAGACUCUUCUAGCUGACCAGGGUGAAAUCCGGGUUGGCUGCAAGUAUCAGGCAGAGAUCCCAGAGCGGCUGGCGGAAGGUGAGCAAGGAAAAAACAAACAAACACAUCACUUGAUCACUGAGUAAAAAGAAAGAAAGAAAAGUACUUCCCUCGGUUGGUGGGAUCAUGGCGGUCUGUGCAUUGACAACCCCUCUCUCAUACUCCCUCAGGAGAAUCAGACAAUCGAAACCAGCAGAAGAUGGAAAUGAAGGUGUGGGACCCUGACAACCCUCUUACUGACCGGCAGAUUGACCAGUUCCUUGUGGUGGCUCGGUGAGAUCCGGCUGGGGGGUGUUGUGGCUUCUCUUGCCAGUCUAGCUCCAGCUCCUGCGGGUCAUUAACCCUCCCUUUUCUUCCUUCAAUGCCAGGGCUGUUGGCACCUUCGCUCGCGCCCUUGACUGCAGCAGUUCCAUCCGGCAGCCCAGCCUUCACAUGAGCGCGGCUGCCGCUUCCCGUGACAUCACGCUGGUGAGGGGGCGAGGAGGGAGAGAAGGGCAAUAGCUGUGGGUGGGGCAUGACAGGUGGGGCAGGGCUGUAUAUUAUGUAUAGGUAAAAAAACUGCACCCAAGCCCUAGGUCGGGAAGAGCCAAGGGUUGAAUCCAGUGUCAGUUCUACUCCAAUCCAUGGAAGUUACUAGGCAUUACUAACUUGGAUCCAUCAAUUACAGUAGGUCUGCUCUGUUGGAUACAACCCCGAGAUUUGCAAAAUGCUAAUUUAAAACCAUGCCAAUUCACUUAUUUUCACAAAACUGUCUGUUAAACAAAAAACAAAACAGCUUGGUAUAAUUUAUUCAGUUAAGACAGGUGAGAGACAAGGAAGUCUUCUACUGACAUUUGGAUCCAUAUUCAAACAUCCCUCUAGCAUUGUUUUCAAGCCUGUGUUUGCAACCAUAAGGACUAGGGGCUCAAUUCAAACACCACACAAAACCAUAUGUUAACCAUAGUUUACCACUAGAACCAACUGGUCUUUGAGCUUCCUUAUUUAGAAGGAGCAAGCCAUGGUUGUGAGGCUGCUUUUCUGCUCCCUUGCCCCAGCCCCAAUCUGCUCAGCAGUCUGCAGAGGCCUCCAGAGGCAGAGCAAUGGCUACAACUCAGAUUUGUUGAUUCAGAUAUGGCACCAAACUAUAGCACAAUCUGCUUACCAAACCAUGGUCUGGUUUGCUAGCCGAUUGCAAAUCAUGGUUUCUCAAUUCAAACUUUGCGUCCAACCAUUACAGCUAAGCUUCCUUGAGCUGAUGUGAGGGUCUGAGAUUCUGAGGAAACCUAAGUUCUGACCCCGUACUACAUUCAGCAGACUUUACAAUCCCAAGUUGCACAAUUGCCUCCUGUUCUCUAUCUUUUCUGUCCCCUUCUGUCUUGGCAGUUCCAUGCAAUGGAUACAUUGCAGCGGAAUGGCUACGACCUGGCCAAGGCUAUGUCAACACUGGUGCCCCAAGGAGGCCCCGUGCUGUGCAGGGACGAGAUGGAGGAGUGGUCGGCUUCCGAAGCAAUGCUCUUUGAGGAGGCCCUGGAGAAAUAUGGCAAAGAUUUCAAUGACAUCCGGCAGGACUUUGUGAGUUGGGGCCAUGAGUUGGGUGGAAAAUAAUGGUCAGAGUCUCCUGUGGCUCUACUUUUUACCCCCUCCCUUUCCGUUUCCCCCAAAACUGGGAAGGGUGUCUUCUCCCCUACUCUUGCAAAAGGGACAUAAUCAUUUCUCCUCCUGAUAAGCAGACAGACCCAGUUUCUAAUUUGCCCCAGAACUCAGUCUUUGGGAUGCUUGUAAAACUGGUAUUGUGUACAGAAGUGGUUUUCAACUGAUGUGCCGUGGCACCCUGAGAUGCCUUACUGUGAAAUAGUAAGAAAUACUGCAAAAAAGAGAGUAAGAGGAAAAGGAGUGGGGAAAGGCAAAAUCAUGUUUAGAAAUGCGUCAAUAAAUAGAAAUUUUUCGAAAGAUUGACAGAGAAACUGAGGGAAGUCAAAAAUUGAAGCAUGAGUGUAAAAUAAUUUGUUGAAUGUACAAAAGUUGUUUGGAAAAUGAAUAAAAAUUAUUUAAAAAAGAAAAGAAAAAAGAGAUGUCUUGGAUGAUGGUUUGGGAAGCCAUGGGCAGCGCCAGCCUCUGUCCCUUCUCCUUUCCUACCUCCUUUUAAUAGAUAGAUUAGAUUGCGUGUAUAAGAUUGAUAGAAAUGGCCACGCGUGGCAGAAGCAAGGAUAGCAAUACCUACAAAGCGCACCUCACAGGAAAUGUAGUUCCCAAGCCCUGCCUCCACCUUGGAGGGGGCUACACUGCCCGCAGGCAGGCUGAAGGGGAGCCGCAGAAAGAAUGUAGUUGGUCAAGGGAGCUGUGGACUCCGAAAGGUUGAAAACCUGGUGUGCAGAGUUCCUUCUCUUCCAGAUUCCAACUGCUUCCCUAGCUGUAGUUUGUCCCCACCAACUGGAGGGCUGCCCAGGGUCAAAUGCCGGCUCCCCCCCCCCCCCCGCAAACUGGUGGUUCAGGCCAGUAACUGUGCGUUCCCUUGAAGUCUUGUCUCUCUUGCAGCUCCCGUGGAAGUCCCUUGCCAGCAUUGUGCAGUUCUACUACAUGUGGAAAACCACGGACCGAUACAUCCAGCAAGUGGGUGAACUGAUUUCUGCAGAGCUUUUGGGGUUUGGCAGCGAGGGGGGAAGGGACCAUGGCUGGGGUGGGAGAGUCCCGUUCCUUGCCCAGAGGCUGCACCUGCCUGUGGACUCCCCCCCAACCAAGUGGCCUUGAUAACGUGACACUCAAGCAGAGACCCUGUGAAAGUCUUGACCUUCUCACGUUCUCCUUUUCCUUACAGAAAAGGUUGAAAGCAGCGGAAGCUGACAGCAAGCUGAAGCAGGUGUACAUCCCCACCUAGUGAGUAUUCCCCAUCCACCUCAGGGACCAGCAGGGACAGAUGCGUCCAGAGUUCAGCCUGGCCUCUUUAACAGCAUUUGUCUUCUUCCCCCAUCCCUUCCACACCACCCAGCACAAAACCCAAUCCAAACCAAAUCAUCUCUGUGGGCUCCAAGCCUGGCAUGAACGGGGCUGGCUUCCAGAAGGGGCUGACCUGCGAGAGCUGUCACAGUGAGUACCUGCCGGGGGGCAUUGUAUCUCUGAGGACAGGGAAAUGGCACAAGCACAGUGCAAAUUGGUUUCUGUUCAUCAGUGGUGACUCUGACAACAGCGUUGCAGUGUUUCACCCAGCGUGGGUGGGCUCCGUGUUGGUUCACCCACCUGAGUUAUUUGCCUCCUAACCUGGGGGGGGGGAGAGGAUCUAGGGUUUCACCUGUCCAAGUCGAUGACCCCUCUGCCUCCCUUUUGCCCCACAGCCACCCAGUCAGCACAGUGGUAUGCUUGGGGUCCCCCCAACAUGCAGUGCCGCCUGUGUGCCUCCUGUUGGAUCUACUGGAAGAAAUACGGGGGCCUGAAGACCCCGACACAGCUCGAGGGAGCAGCCCGCAGUGUCACGGUAAAGCCUGCUCUAGUAUCGCUAGUCCCUGAUUUGAACCCGAAGUAUAACAUUUGCUGUCUUCACCGAAGCCUCUAAAAUUGCUAUAUUCUUCUGGGUUCUACCUGUAAUGGCUACUAGCAGCAGCAAAUUCAACAGUGAAGGGGACUUUGCUCAGAGGAUUUCCUGGCCACAUCGUUCUUAUCUCUCCAUGAAAGCAGCUUUGCCCAGGAACAAAUGGUUAGCUUUUUAGAUUUUGAUACCACAUUGGCAGGUGGUACAGUGCUGGCCUCUUUUUGUUAUGUUGUCAUUGACAUAGCUGGCAUCUUGCCACAUGCUGGUUCUUUCCUAUUCCCUUUACUUUGGGGGGGGGUCAUUCACUUUGCAAGCUGAGCGGGGAUCUCACUGUAUUGCCCCCUUCUCCCGUUUUCCAGGAGCCACACUCCCGGGGCCACAUGUCUCGGCCAGAAGCCCAGAGCCUCUCUCCCUACACGACCAGCGCCAACCGGGCCAAGCUUCUAGCCAAGAACCGGCAGACCUUCCUGCUGCAGACCACCAAGCUGACCCGCAUUGCACGCCGCAUGUGCCGGGACAUCCUGCAGCCGCGUCGGGCUGCCCGUCGUCCAUACGCACCCAUCAACGCCAAUGCCAUCAAGGCAGAGUGUAUGUUUUGUGUGUGUGGUGGAGAAGGGCUGCUUGGAACAACGGAGGAGCUGGCGGAUCUCAUUCCUGUUGUUUGCUCUCCCCUCCAGGCUCUAUCCGGCUUCCCAAGGCCGCAAAAACGCCUCUCAAAAUUCACCCUCUGGUGCGGCUUCCGCUGGCUACCAUUGUCAAGGAGCUAGGUAAGGAGACUGGGGUCGGGCUUAUGUCUCACAUCUCUUGACGUUGGCCUGAUCUCCAAAUCACAAUUAUUGCCACAGGUUUGUGCACUCCUUUCUCAUGUAUGAAUUCCCCUCUCCCUUCUAUGGUUUUGCUGUGAUGUUCAAAUCAAGCAAAAAUAUGACUGGGAUUAACUGGGAUUUCCUCCAAACCAUGAUUUGCAGACAAUCCUGACUUCCUGUGAAUUCCAAAUCAUGGGACAUAAGAAGGAAUUGCGCACCCCCCCCACCAACCAGUCCACAACCCAUUUGAAGAUUGUGUCCCUCAAUAUCGGUUGCUGGGAAUUGCAAGUGGGGAGAGUUGCUAUUGCACUCAGCUUCCGCUUGUGGGCUUCCUUAUGGGCAUCUGGUUGCCCACUGUAAAAGCAGGAUGCUGGACUAAAUGGGCCAUUGGCCUGAUCCAGCAACCAGGCUCUUAGGUUCUUAUGGUGUCAGUCUGGUGUCUUGGUAUAGGGGAGAGAGGAAGCUUUGGCCCAAACAAGCUAGUUUCUCCUUCCAAAAACAUCAGAUGUUUAUAAGAAAACAUAUCUCCCAAAAAUGGGAAGCAAGACCACUAGGGGAAAGCCUGUGUUUCUCUUCAGCAGUUGCCCACCUAAGACAAUGCUCUUGUUCUUCCAGCUGCACAGGCUCCCCUGAAACCAAAAACCCCCCGAGGCACCAAGACGCCCAUCAACAGAAACCAGCUGACCCCGAACCGAGGCCUGGCUGGCAUCGUGGGCAAGCGGGCGUACGAGAGUGUGAGUGCCGCUGGGCUCUGGAAGGUGGGCAUCGAAGGGCGGCGGUAGCAUUUGGGUGUGAUUGAGUGUGAUGUUAUGGAGACCUUGGGCAGGGAGAAGGGGUGUAAUAGCAGCAGGCAUAGUAGAGAGUGUCAAAGGAUUGUAUCCGAUGUUAACCCCACUCAGAGUGCACCUGUUUACAGUGGUGCCUUGCAAGACAAAAUUAAUCCGUUCCGCGAGUCUCUUCGUCUUGCGGUUUUUUCGUCUUGCGAAGCACGGCUAUUAGCGGCUUAGCGGCUAUUAACGGCUUAGCGGCUUUAAGAAAAAGGAAACAAACUCGCAAGAACUGUCUUGCGAAGCAAGCCCAUAGGGAAAUUCGUCUUGCGGAACGACUCAAAAAACGCAAAACCCUUUCGUCUAGCGAGUUUUUCGUCUUGCGAGGCAUUCGUCUUGCGGGGCACCACUGUAAAUGAAUGAACACAACCAAAUUGGUUCCAUUGAAAUCAGUGAGCCUUCUCUAAGUGGAGCUUGGGUGGGUACCACCUUACAGUUCUGAAAGUUUAUUUUGUGUGCUUGAGGGAGGGGAAGACCCAGACAUUUGAAACCCUAAAAGGGGCAGAAAAGGUAAAUAAUAUUUUUAAAAAACAAACUGCAAAAUGGUUAGUGUUCACUGUGGCUGAUGCUACUUAAAUUUCCCAUAACUCCUUUUUCUUUUUCUCUUUGGGAGAGUAGGAAUUUAUUGUUUCUGGGGGGAGGUCUUUGUUCUUUCUGGGCCUACAGCACGUGCUCUCUCUCUCUCUCUCUCUCUCUCUCUUUCUCUCUCUGUAAGUUCCUCUCUGCAGUUGGUGGGGAGGAUGGGUAGCCAGUUUCCCCCAGCCAGGCAGCAUAAGACUCCCCCUCCCAUUUCGGGGCAGGGUGAGACUGACUCAGGAUGGCGGGGGAGGGCGGGAGCCAGCAAGAGGUGGACACUGCCUUUGGGGUUUCCUCUCGCUGAUAGCUCUAUGUGCGACUGGGUGCAGGUGGCAGGGGGCGGGCUCCCCUUCUCGGCCAACGGGCGGCCCAUGACUUCCGGAAUGAGGUCGAGCACUCAGCCUGCCAUCAAGCGUCAGAAGCUGAACCCGGCCGACGCCCCCAACCCAGUCGUUUUUGUGGCUACCAAGGACACCAGGUACUGGGGAAGGGAUUUAAAACCAAAAAAAAUGCAGUUGGGGUGAGCAGGAAGGCGAUGGAAAGGGUGGCGCAGUGGGCAGGGUGUUUAGCUUAUCCCUUCUCUGGCACAGGGUUGGUACUGGCCUCUUCUGUUCAGGGCUCCUGUCUCAGAUAUGGAGUUGUGUGCCAGUUUUCUUAUCAGGAGCAAACAAAUUAAAAAUGGAAUUCCCUUCCCUCCCCGCAAGUCCUGACAGCUAUUGCUGUGUGCUCCAUAAUGUCCUUGGGACAUUUACCCAUUUAACCACCCCUCUUUUCUGCAAGAACUCUGGGCGCAGAGAGAUGCUCCACUCUUCCAGACGGUCAAGGGCCCUAGGGCAAGAGGUAGCAACCCAGCCUGUAAUUCACCUGGGAAAUUUUAGUCAGGUUGUUGCACAAUAGUGGAUUCUCUCUCUCCUCCACCUUUCUGCCACAAACAGGGUGUGAUUAACGUGCAAAGAAAUGUAGAUUUUACUUGAUUUGUUUGUUACGUAUUUUUGGGUUUUCAUUAAAUUCUGGAGAUUUUAGAUAAGAGUGUCAGGUUCCAAAAGCUCAGAAGGAAAUAUGCACGAGGCCCCAGUGUGUGCUUCUGUUGUUCCCCAUUGCACCAGCAAGGUCUAGAAAAUGGCCCUUCUACGUUUUAAAAUGGAUGCAAAGAAGUUCAGAAACCCAGGCAUGUGGAACUAUGUCCCUCCUAGCCAUCAUACACAGCUUCUGUCACAGAAGCAACCACCUAUGCCUCAUAAUUGUUUGUGCCCAAGGCACAAUCUUUCCCCUUUUUUUUAAGGUUUUAUUUUCAGAAAUGGCAGAUGCUACAAGUUGUGUAGCUUUGGCACUGGCAACAAGGUUUUAUAAACCCUGUCCGAUGCUGUUUAGAGACAAUCCCAAUCUCAGGCCAGAGCUGCAGUUGGAGGGAAAGGGAGUUUAAAAAAUACAAGCCGCAGUAGGUGCUGGGAUGGGUUGAAAUAAAAUAUUGUUUAUGGGCCCCACAAAAACUGGGCCGGCCAGGUGUAGGGGUUGAUUCUGGCGCUGCCCUGCCAGGCUGCUCACUGCAUCUUCCAUCACCUUCUGAGGCGCUGCAUGCACCACGCGGCCUGUCCUCUUUGGUUAGGCUCUGCGGUGUUUGUGCCCCUGACGCCCUGCGCCUCUUUUGCUUUCCUUCCCCCAGGGCGCUCCGCAAGGCCCUGAGCCACUUGGAGAUGCGCCGUGCCGCCCGCCGGCCCAACCUGCCGCUCAAGGUGAAGUCGGUGCUGCCCCUCCGGCCUGUGGCGGCUCCUCUGGUACCCGUACCCCCAGCCCAUCCUGCCAGCACCAGCGAACCCAUCAUCCUGGAAGACUGAGUGCUGUCGCUUCUCUGGCGCCCCCUCUAGGAUCCUUGUAGCCAUCUCACCCGACACCAACACCCCUUUCCCGCCUCCAAGGCCUGUCUGGCAGAGAGAACUUCAGAGCUCCAGUUGCCAAGCGUUUGCUGGGAUUGGGCAGGCGGGAGGGGGACAUCUCUUUCCCUCCCCUCCCCCCCCCGCAAAGUUGGAUACUGGACACCCUUCAUUUCCCCCUUUUUAUAUAUAUAUAUGUAUUUUUUAAUUUCCACGUUUUCCCUUCCUUUUUUUACCCUCCCCUAACAAUUCAGACUUGCGCACAAAGCUGGCCACUUCCCUCCCCUCCCCAUGGCAGCACUGUAAAUGCAAGUUGUGCCCUCUUCUGUGUGUGUGUGUUUGGGGGUCAGGGUGGAGAAGACUGUAGGGAUGGCAUGGACUUGGGGAAAUACAGAACCCCUUUCAGAGUGACUUCCAUUCCACCCCUGCAGCUGUUUUUCCUCCUUCUUUUUUUUUGUCUCUAUGUCUCCCCCCCCCCCUUCUUUUUUUUUAAAAGUUGCCCUCUGGUCCCAAAUACCCAUGUAUCUGGGAAAAGAGGGGCAGCCCCAGCUGUCUGUAAACAUGGCUACCCUUGCCCCUCCCCUCAAGCCUUUGACAAGCCCAUUUUUUGUACAUGGUUUGGAGAGGAAAAAAAGUCAGGUUUUUUUAAGUCAACCUCUUACUGGUUCUUAUAGCAACAAAAUAAAUAAAUGCUGUUUUCUUCACACCU